GGCGUGUACGUUUCCCACGUCUCCCUCCACAACCAGCUAGUUAGCUUUCUAGCUAAAGGAUACGGAACCCGAAAACCAAGGCGAACAACGCAUUUUCUUUAAUUUGUUAACGUUUACUGAUACAACAAACGCGAUCAAUAAUCAGCGUUUGUUUACGGUUUGUAACGCACGUAAAAACGUACCUCUAUAUCGAGGGUAGCGUCGCAUUACCUUGUAUUUUUCACUGCGCCGGUUUUAUGUGAGCACAAAGGCCCACACAAGCCCGCUGUUUCCAAGCAUGUAUCCCUGGGGUACUAACUACGGCGGUGGCCAUCAACCACCUUCGCAGCAGAACUUCGGCGCGCCGUCUCCUCAAGGCGAAGGCUUCGCAGGUGGAUUCGGGAGUUAUGGAGCCGCUACGCCCGCAGCGGCACCCGGUUCCACGUUCAACAGCCUGCGGGAGCAGCAUCUCCAGCAGAUGCAGCAGCUACAACAGCUCCACCAUAAACAGCUCCAAUCCGUGCUGCACCACGACAGGAACGUAGAUGCAAACCCCUAUGGCGGCGGUGGUACUGCGGCCGAAUCGUGGCAAGGCAGUUCGGGAUAUGGGUAUGGUUCAACGGGGGCCGGUGCCCCUUCCCCUUAUCAAGAUGAGUAUCAGACCAUGCAAGCCGGUCCGCCCGGACCACAGCAGCCGCCGCUACCGCCACAGUCCCCGCAGUCCAAGGAGGCCCAGCCUCCCCCACCAGAUUCGACCCUCCCGGUGCCCACUCAGAACAAUGGUACUCCAGCGACUAAAGAGGUAAACACGAAAGAAUCUUUGGCCUCGAAAGACCAGGCACAUUCCUCUGGGUCGGAGGAGGAAAAGCCCGAUUUUACGUCAAUGUCGCUCCAGGAACAGCAGCAGUAUUGGUACAAGCAGCAUCUCCAGAAUCUGCAGAGGCUGAAAGUCGAGAAGGCCAAACAGGGUCAGGGUGAUGGCCCAACGCCCCGGCCCCACUCGACAGCCGCGCCUCCCCCUCCAUCGGAACCCCCUAAGAACGCCCCUCCACCACCCCCACCCAAAGAGGAGCCCCCGCCACCACCUCCACCGGAGGACAAAACGCCUGCACCCCUAGCCCAGGACCCAGCAGAGGCGGCCCGGCUGAAGCAGCUCCAGAGUGCAGCGGCCCAGUGGCAGCAGGCCCAGCAGCAGAGAGCUGGCUACCAGUACCAAGCACUGAUGCGGCACCAUGCUCAGCUACAGGUCAUCCUCAACCAGUACCAGCAGUGUAUCCAACAACCUGCACAGCUCGAGACGAUGUCUAUGGCCAUGCAGCUGAGUCACUAUGAGAAGCAGCAGCAGCAGUUUGACCCGGUGUUUGGAGACUGGGGCCGCACCUUCAGCCAGUGGCAAGAGCAGUUCCAGUCCUACCCACAUAAAGACCAGCUACAGGACUACGAGUUACAGUGGAAACAGUGGCAGGAACAGAUGAACUCUACCUCAGCACACCUACAGGAGAGGGUCACCACCCUGCGAGCCACGCAGCAACAGUACGGAGGUGGCGUCGGCAGCGAUGGCGGUGGACAGUACGGCGCUGAUCAAUACGGUAGUAGUGACCGGUAUGGUAGUGGAGGGUACGGGGACCAGUACAACCAAUAUGGUCAGUACCCACUAUCUGGACCGGACUCGCAGAUUCAACAAGGUCACAUGGUGAGCCCGUCCGUGCCGUCCCAGACAGGUAGCCAGCCCUCGUCCACCUCUGGAUCCAUGUUGCAGGGCCCUCGACCAGGGCAGCAAGGCCCCUCAAACACCCAACGCAUGGGAACCCCAACAGGAAAACCACACCAAGGGCCUCAGGCAGAGCAGUACAACCUGUCUGGAACUCCAGGGAGAGGGGCGGGCCCAGGAGGGAGAGGGGCGGGCCCAGGAGGGAGAGGUGUGGCCAGAUCACCAGUUCCACCACCAGGACAGCCUCCACCCUUCCAAAGCCCCAGAGGACCAAGGUUUGAUGGUCCGAGAGGGAAUGGCCCGCUGUUUGACCAGCAGCAGCAAUCCGGUCAACAGCAGAGGUUUAAUGCUCCACCAGGCCCCAGGUUCAACGAGCAGCGCCAGAGGUUCAACCAGCCUGGCCCCAGAGGACCAGGGCCUCGCUUUGGGCAGCAGGGGUCCCGGUUCGACCAGCCCCCCCCGAGACAAAACCCCCCUGGCUGCUUUGAAAGACCACCUGGUCCCCUAGUUCCCCAUAUAGGCCCACAGCCUAAACCAGACACUAGUAAAGACACACAACCACCACAGGGUAAGACUGAGACGCCAGCGGGCUCCAAGCCUCCUGGUAAUAAACCUACCGGGCCAGCGAAACCAGGAGCAGAACCGGAGGAUAUGUCAGAGGACAUGGUGGACUCACUGGAUGGCUUCUUCGUCCAAAAUGACCCCAUCCCUCAGACGAAGGCAGAAGCUGACGCUGCUGCUGCUAGUAAGGGAUCCACCGUCAACAUGGAGAAGGUGAGCCCUACUGGUCCUGCCGGUACCAAGCCCCAAGUGUCCACCGACGCCUCUGUGUCCCCGAAAACAGAUCCCCCACUUCCAGAGUACUGGGGAGAGGAAGGAGAUCCCUACUGGAUGGACCGGAGGCCCCCUCCUCAUGGCAUGAGAGGAGGCCCCCGAGCCCCCUUCCAUCCUGGGCGUAGUCGCCCUCCACGCGGCCGACCCGGCUUCAUGCACCAGGGGGGUCCCAGACGCCCCCUUCCUCCUCCUCGCGGAGCCAUGGACCCCCAUGACCCUCUAGGAUCCCCCAUGGGGCCUCACGAUGACAUGGACCCUCUGGGACCCCCGCUGCAUCGGGACUACAACCCCAGAGGGCCGCCCAUGCACCACGAUAUGAUGGAGCGAGACAUGAGGGGGCGACCUCCUCCACCUAGAGAGAUGAUGGACAGAGAUCUGAUGGGGCCUGGUGAUCAUCCUCCAUAUCACGACACGGAUAGGGACCUUGGCUGGCCCCCGGGCCCAGGACGGCCCCCCAACCACGGCAGAGUCGGGCCAAGAGGUCCGCCUCCCCUUGAGAUGAUGAUGGAGCGAGGGGGGAUGAGGAGGCGUCCGAUGGGCCCUCGGGGAGCCCCGAUGGGCAGGGCCCGGGGUAUGAUGCAGCAGCCACACGAGGAGAUGGAGGGGUACCCCCACGACGGGUACGGGGAGGAGUUUGGUGGUCCUGAUGAUGACAGGUAUGGAAGGCCGCUGCCACCGCGUGACUGGCCGAAGCGCCCGCCACAUGACUACGACCGCGAGGAGGAGUAUUAUCCCCAUGAGCCUCCUCGUGGUGGGGAGUGGGACAGGGAGAGAGGAGGACCACUACCAGAGAGAGACUACCCUCCCCCAGACCGCUUCAGAGAGGACGAGUGGACUGAUGAGAGGGACCAAGACCGUCCUCCAUAUGCCUACGAGGGAGACAGAGACCGUCCUCCAUAUGCCUACGAGGGAGACAGAGACCGUCCUCCAUACGCCUUCGAGGGAGAAGAGCACGGAAGAGGAGGCAAGCUACAAAGUCGCGGCUACCCGGACGACCCUCCUUACAGGCACAAUGAACCCCCCUACUUGCCUCCUCCAGAGUGGGAGAGAUCAAGACCACCCCUUCCGGAGAGAAACUACCCCUCAGAUUUUGAGGAGCAUAGGCCCCACUACGACGGACGAGCCGAGCCACCUAGAUCCGAUCUAGGUAUCCCUCCACCCACCUCCUCCCAGGCCCUUGCUCCUCCCACUACUGGACCAGACAGCUCUCAGGAACCAGCCUCACAGGGAACUGGACCGGGCAUACUGGCUCUGUCACAACGACAACAUGAGAUCAUCCUGAAAGCUGCCCAUGAGCUGAAGCUUAUCAGAGAAAUGCAGGAGAAUUUGACCGAGGGAGAGGCCCUAUCCAUCACGUCUGACCCUAAGACGGAGCUCCCUGCUGGGCUACUGGGGCUAGAGAUCCCCCCUGAGGUCCGGAGUGCCCUGCAGGCGACCAAUCUCAUUUCUAACUCAACUGCUGCAAAAACAGUGACGUGGGGAGACACCAACCCUCAAGACACUGGGUACAUGUCCUCCGUUCCUCCAGUCCCCAACGCACCAGUCAUCCCGAAGACUGUCGACUAUGGACAUGGACAUGACCUGGGUGCUGCCACGGUGGAGCGGAUCUCCUACGGUGAGAGGAUUGUGUUGAGACCCGAUCCCUUGCCCGACAGGGAGAGGAGUUAUGAAAAAGAACUACUGGGCCCCCUGAGAGACCCCUACCACAGAGACCUGUACUACGACAGACGACCGGUGGACCCCUACAUGGAGCGCAGGGAGUACAGCAGGGAGAGGGACAUGUACAGAGAAAAAGCUCCCAUGGACUUUGAAAGAGAACGAUACGAGAGGGAGCGCUAUCCGCCUCGAGAUGACAGCAAACACUCCAUGGAUGUUGAUGACAGACAACCCCCUGGCCAUCCUCGCCCCGGUCCCCCACCUCCUCGCCCGGGCUACAGGGACAGAGACAUGAGGGAGAGGGAGGGCAGCCGGACCAGUAGAGACAGAGAGGAUACUUAUGGAAGACCUGGGGGUUAUGACAGACCUCCGUUCGAGCGCGGGCCUGAACGUGGGCCUGAGCGCUACGACCAUGGUGACGAGCGCGGGCCGGAGCGCUACAACCAUGGUGCCUCAGCGUAUGGUGAACGGAGGAGUUACCCAGAGGAGAGAGGAGGAGGAGGCCCCACGUCGUCCCACCCUCCUCCCCCCCCACCGACUGCUCCUCCUUCCAGGAUGGAGAAGAAACCGGAGACCAAGAACGUGGAGGACCUUCUCAAACUGCCAGGCCGAGACACUCGUCCAGAAAGGAUCGUCAUCAUAAUGAGAGGCCUACCAGGAAGUGGGAAAAGCCAUGUGGCCAAGCUGAUACGGGACAAGGAGGUGGAGUGUGGAGGGGCUCCACCCAGAGUGCUGGGGUUAGACGACUACUUCAUGACGGAGGUGGAGAAGGUGGAGAAGGACCCAGAAACAGGGAAACGGAUCAAACUCAAGUGUCUGGAAUACGAGUACGAAGCCGAGAUGGAAGACACGUACAGGAACAGUAUGCUAAAAACAUUCAGGAAGACCCUAGACGACGGCUUCUUCCCCUUCCUCAUCAUCGACGCCAUCAAUGACCGGGUUAAAUACUUUGAUCAGUUCUGGAGUGCUGCCAAGACUAAAGGCUUCGAGGUAUACUUGGCGGAAAUCACGGCAGACAAUCAGACUUGUGCUAAAAGAAAUGCCCACGGACGGAAGAUGGAUGAUAUUCAGAAGAUGUCCAGUAACUGGGAGUCGUCUCCACGUCACAUGGUGCGGCUGGAUGUCCGUUCCCUGCUUCAGGAUGCUGCUAUUGAGGAGGUUGAGAUGGAAGACUUAAAUCCUGAUGACGAGCCACUGAAGGAGCCCAAGAAGGAGGAGGAGGAGGAAGAUAUUAAGGGUUACAUUCCACAAAGCAAAUGGGAGAUGGACACUUCUGAUGCGAAACUCGACAAGCUGGACGGCUUGGUGAUGGGGGGGAAGAGGAAGAGGGAGGGAGACGACGUGGCAGGGAUGGAUGACUUUCUUCAGCUGCCAGACGACUACGCCACGCGCCACUCUGAACCCGGCAAGAAGAGGGUUCGCUGGGCUGACCUCGAAGAGCAGAAGGAUGCGGAGCGCAAGCGUGAUAUCGGCUUUGUGGUGGGUCAAACAGACUGGGAGAAAAUCACAGACCAGAGCGGACAGAUAGCUCAGAGAGCUCUCAACCGCACUAAGUAUUUCUAAAAACAGAAGAUCACUGCCCUCACCCCCUGCUUCCUGGUUUAUAGGUCUGCAGACUGUGAAUAUGCUUACCCCGUUUCUCAAAAAAACAAAGUCAUGAAGACUACACAUUCUACCUGUUGACUUUUAGGAGAUCCAUAGUUGUUUAUUCCAUUAUUAGAAUACAGAAUAGAUUUAUCUUGCGUUUAAAAAAACAAAAACAAAAAAAUUAUAAUAAUUCUUGAUCUUCAAUUUGAGUAUUUUUUUUUUUAGUUGUUUUUUUUCCUUCCUCCUUUCGAUGGUAAAAUUCAUGCACCAGUUUAUCUUGAGCUUCGCUUCUCAUUUUAUACUGUAAUGUCUUCCUGUAUGUUAGCACUGUUGCUUAUUUUAUUAAAUAAACGGAAGAAACAAUAAACGUUUCACACACAAAACAA